AUGACAGAUGUAUCGAAUGUUGGACGGGCGAGGACGAAGAACGAAAGCUGUGGACUAUCCGACAGAAGCCUACCCGCGACCUACCGUCAUGAUCAAUACACAGUAGGAUGGAUCUGCGCGCUGGCAAAGGAGCAGACCGCAGCAAUAGCAAUGUUGGACAAAGAACAUCCCAACCUUCCCCAGGCAAAUAACGACUACAAUACUUACACUCUCGGCUCAUUAUGGGGCCACAACAUCGUCAUUGCCUGUCUACCAAAAGGCAUGUACGGUGUCGUGCCUGCGGCGACUGUGGCCACUCGAAUGCUCGCGACUUUCCCGGCUAUCAAGUUUGGACUUAUGGUAGGCAUCGGGGGAGGUAUACCUCCCAAAGUCAGACUUGGCGAUAUCGUCGUGGGCAGUCCGACAGACAAGUUUCCCGGGGUUGUACAGUGGGACCUUGGUAAAGAUGAAGAAGGGGGCACCUUCAAGAGGAAAGGUGCUUUGAAUAACCCUCCAAUGCUUCUAAGCACGGCCUUGCAGAAGCUCGACAGCCGACAUGAACUUCGGGGCUCCAAAGUUGCCGAGUAUUUGGAAGAGAUGGUCAAGAGGUACCCAAACCUCAAGGAACAACACGGCAAAUCCGACAAACUUGAAGACCGACUAUUUAAAACAGAAUAUCCCCACGCUAAGGGCGUCAGAAGAACAGCUGAAGGCAAAGCCAAUGGCGAUGGAAAAGGUGAUAGCGGAACCAGUUUGAAAGCUGAAAAGGUGGGAGAGAAGGAGAAUGAGGAAGGCUGUGCCAAUUGUGACCGGGACAUGCUCAGGAUCAGGGAACCUAGGGGGGUGCAAGUCCAUUACGGGCUUAUCGCGUCGGGCAAUCGUGUUAUCAAGGAUGCGAUCAAACGGGAUCAACUCAAAGAGGACCUUGGGGCUGAUGUCCUCUGUGUUGGGAUGGAGGCGGCUGGCCUCGUCAACAACUUUCCCUGUCUCGUGAUUCGGGGCAUUUGCGAUUAUGCGGAUUCUCACAAGAACGACAUAUGGCAGAAGUAUGCCGCUGCUUCUACCGCUGCAUUUGCAAAGGAACUAUUGGAGUAUGUAACGCCUGAGAAUGUCAGCCAAGCGCCCACGGCUUUAGAACAGUUGCCAGGUGUCCGAAGGGAGCUCCAGAAGAUCCGCCAAAUGACAUCUGCCAUAAAUGAGAAGGUUAUUCAGUCAGAGAGGCGUGCCAAGGACCAGAAAUUGCUUGACUGGAUCAGUCGUGCCCAGUACGGAUUCCAACAAAGCGAUGCUCUUCGCAGAAGACAGGAAGGCACGGUUGAGUGGUUUCUCAAGUCGGAAGAGUAUCAAGGCUGGCUCAGCUCAAUGGGUACAACCUUGUUCUGUCCAGGGAUUCCCGGGGCCGGGAAAACCGUUCUCACUUCUGUCGUGAUUGAUCAUCUCUUCACUAAGUUCACUGCCGACGACGGAGUCGGAAUCGCAUUUCUCUAUUGCAAAUCCAGGACGCGAAACAGCCAGACGUUUGAGACCUUGCUCUCCAGUCUCUUGAAGCAACUGCUCACUAGGGUACCACCGCGCCGAUGGCCAAAAAGUCUGAGAGACUUACAUCAAAAGUACGCCAUCCAGGGUCUCGAUGCUAGACCAUUGCCCGAUGAGCUACGCCAAGAGUUGAAGAGAAUCUCCAGAGCUUUCAAGAGGAAAGAUCUCUUCAAUCACAUUCGCGUGGAUAUUGAAGCCCACGAAGAAGACAUUCGUCGCUACACACGAAAUAACCUCACUGAAAUACAGGAUCUUGUUGACAACGCACCUGGUCUCGAAAGUCAAAUCACGGAUCGAGUCGCAAUUUCUGCAAGUUAUCUUCAAGGCGCAACUUCUGAACGCAAGAUACUUUCUGCGCUGGAAAAGUUUCGACAGGAUCGAUCUCUCGCAGAGAAUCAUUUAUAUGACAAGGCAUAUGAUGCCACAAUGACAAAAAUCGAAAACCAGAAGAAACUUCACAAAGAUUUGGCUAAAAAGGUCGUUUCUUGGAUCACGCACACAAACAGACCACUCGAAGCCGUCGAGCUCCAGCAGGCUCUAGCGGUGGACCUCGAAGAUUCGAAACUCGACCUCAAAAACGUCCCAGACGUAGAUAUGAUGCUUUCCGUAUGUGCUGGGCUAGUCGUCACUGGGAAGAAUGAAAGAAUCAUCACUCUUGUUCACUACACAGCUUAUGAAUAUUUUCAGAGGAGGCAAGAACAAUACUUCCGUGGGGGCCAUGAAUAUAUGACUAGCACCUGUAUCAAAUACCUUACUUUUGCAACACAAGCGAGGCUGACCCUCUCUCAACUACACUGGCAAUACCCCUUUUUCCUGCAUGCAGUCUAUGCGUGGGGAUUUCACGCAGCACAGGCGACACCACUUCGAUCCGACGUUAUCAGCUUCUUUGAAGAUGACCACACCCUUCAGAGGUUGUGUCUUAUGGUCCCUGGUGACUAUCCAUCGACAGGCAUAGAGUUGGCAGCAUUAUACGGGAUCUCGGAUGCGAUUAGGCACUUUCAUAGCCGCGCGCAUGCAAUCGACUCACCACAAUCCCAAGGGCGGACCCCUUUAUAUUAUGCAUCAGCCGGAGGUCAUCAUGGGACGGUCGAAUGUUUACUGGAGCUAGGCGCAAACCCUGACUUUCAUCACCAUCGAACACCCCUGGCUUUUGCGGUAGCCCAAGGCCGACUGGAUCUCGUCAGUCUCUUACUAAAGCACGGCGCGUCUAUCAACGUGUUAGACGAGGAGGCAUUGACACCGCUGGCAAUCGCAGCAAGAGAAAACCAAGCAUCGAUUGUCAAGCUUCUGGUCGAAGAAAGGCCUGAGACGAGACUUGAUACGAUAGACGCCAAAGGGCAUUCGCCAUUAUCUUUUGCCGCGAUGCGUGGCGAUCUCGGUAUCCUGCAGCUGCUAAGCGACAAAGGCGCACUCAUCGACUUUCCGACCCAGGGGCAUCUCACUCCCCUCAGUGUGGCAUGCCGUCAUGGUCAGUAUGCGGUGGCCGACUUCUUGAUCCAAAGGAAAGCUUCGGUCCAUGCUCGAGACACCAAGGGUCGGACCCCACUUUCCUGGGCUUGCGAACCUCUAUUAACACGGAUCUUCGGUCUCUAG